UAUUUAUUUAGAAUAGUGAGAAAAGAAAAGAGUAAAGUGAGAGGAGGAAGAAGGAGAAGAAGAACCCUCUCUCUCUCUCUCUUUUGUUCCUCUGACUACUCAUUUCAUGUCGGAGACUUCCCAGAAACUAAAGAAUCUCUUCAACGAAGACUAAAUCUUUCUCCUUUUUCUUCGUUAUCUUAUCUUCGUUCGUUUUCCCCCUUUGCUUACUUCUGAAGGAAACGAGAGAUAGAGAGAGAGAUGUAUGCAGUGACGCCUCCUCAAAGAUCCGAUUUGGGAUCCAACUACGGUUUGCGGGUCUAUCAAACAUGGAAAGGAAGCAAUAUAUUUUGUCUUCAGGGAAGGUUUAUAUUUGGGCCAGACGCAAGAUCACUUGGUCUGACCAUAAGUCUCAUCGUGGUCCCUGUUAUAGUAUUCUGCAUCUUUGUUGCAAGCAAGCUAAUGGAUGACUUCUCUGAUACUUGGGGAGUCUCAAUAGUCACUGUCGCUGUUGUCUUCACCAUUUAUGACAUAAUUCUUCUGAUGCUUACAUCCGGAAGGGAUCCAGGGAUUAUCCCAAGAAACUCUCAUCCUCCUGAGCCUGAAGUUCUCGAUGGAAACUCAGGGACAAGCCAAACGCCAAGACUGCCUCGAGUAAAGGAAGUUGAAGUUAAUGGAAACAUAUUUAAGGUCAAGUAUUGUGACACUUGCAUGCUCUACAGACCUCCUCGCUGCUCACAUUGCUCUAUCUGCAACAACUGUGUUGAAAGAUUUGACCAUCACUGUCCUUGGGUUGGUCAAUGCAUUGCCCAAAGGAAUUAUCGGUUCUUCUUCAUGUUUGUCUUCUCCACGACUCUUCUCUGUGUAUACGUGUUGGCCUUUUGCUGUGUCUAUAUAAGGAAGAUCAAAGAAUCUGAAGAUAUAACCAUUUGGAAAGCAAUGCUCAAAACUCCUGCCUCCAUUGCUCUUAUAAUCUACACAUUCAUAUGUAUGUGGUUCGUUGGAGGCUUAACAGGCUUCCAUCUCUAUCUCAUCAGCACUAAUCAGACUACCUAUGAGAAUUUCAGAUACAGUUAUGACCGGCGUAGCAACCCACAUAACAAAGGAGUGGUUGAUAACUUUAAAGAAAUCUUCUGUUCUGCGAUACCUCCUUCAAAGAACAGUUUCAGAGCUAUGGUACCUAGGGAAGCAGCUCCAAUGCCGUCAAGAUCAGCUGUUGGCGGCGGUUUUAUGAGUCCAAACAUGGGGAGAGGUAAUGAUGAGAUUGAAAUGGGGAGGAAAGGUGUGUGGGCAAUGGCUGAACAUGGUGAUGACAAGAACGGUAGUAAUAAUGAACGGUUUCAUGUCAACGACGAUGAGUUAGGUGACAUUAGGACCACAACGGAUGAUGAUGAACAAAGUGGUAGUAGGCCUAACAUUCACCCUAGGCACUCAAGCUGGGAGAUGUCACCAGAGGUUAUGGCCUUAGCAUCAAGGAGAACUUAGAAACAUCGUCCCAAGAGGAAAAGACUGAGAUGUGUUUCAAAAUGUGUUUUGUAUGAUUUUCAGCUUUAUUUAUUGAUGUAUUUUGAGUUGUUCAGAGAAAUCAAUUGUGAAUUAGUUUGAUUUCUCAGAUGUUAUGAGUGCUUUUAUUAGUUGUGUUCAGACAGUUAAAUCUCAAAUCAUUGAGUUUUAUUGUAAUCUAUGAUUUUAACAAAAUGAAUACAGGCGAUUUUGCACUGUACUUA